AUGUCAUCCCAGUGCACUUCAUCUCCAUGGACCACGAUCUCGUUCAAGAUCUGUUUCGCAGCAACAGGAUCGACUCCACGCAUGGAGGCAAUCAGCUUGUCCUCGUCGUCUUCAAUUGAAUUGUCGCUGUCAAGAGUCUCUGUAUCCUUUGUCGAAUUAUCAGCCAAUACUUUUGGUGCAUUGGUGACACCUUCUUUGGUAGCUGGAGACGUUUUCCUUGACAAUGACUGGGGUUUCUGA